GAACAAACAACUCCCAUCCUUCGUUCUUCUUUUCGUCCUUUCUUUCUUCCCUUUCCACACGCACAUACCCUUCUGCGUAAUCUAUUUGCUGCGCAUUCCUUGAGCACACUCGAACUGCCGUAAUACCGUAGUGUCACUCCUUACUUACCAUUCGUUCCUGACCCCACCCCUUGGUGACUUGACUAUCUUGCCCUGGACUUCAUUUUCUACCCUCACUGUGGCCGUGACGCGUGCACUAAACUAUUCAAUUACCUCGACUCCAUGUCCGGUUCCAGACUCUUUUUUCUGACCCACUAAAUUCUGCAUCUCCCAGCCACUACCCCUGGCACUUUCCGGGAUCGCGCCUGACGCCCUUUACCGUUGAAACCCCAAACACGGACAUUGAAUAGCCUCCCCCGGGCACCCUAGCCGAUGGAGGGUGUACGUCAGAAAUGCAGACCGAAACACCAGGUUCUGGUCCUGAAAUGCUAUCCACAGUACCAGAAAGGUGUGCAGGUGGUCAAGCCGAACUCGAGUGAACUCUCGUAUUUGCUCUACUAUGUGAGCACCCGCCGCAGCAAGCUGACAAAGGUCGGCGCCUUUCUGGAGAAAAGAGCAGCUCGGGAUGUGUGGCGCCGCAAGAUAGGAAAUGUGCAGGUUACGCUUCAGAUCUUGAGCGCGCUCAUCGAGAAAGUUCCCCGCGACUUGCCGAUCUACGCACGGUCGGUCAUGACAGUCCUCGAAACGGUCGUACGCUCGCAGGAUAUCUCCAUGGUCGAGGAUUCCAUUGAGACCUUCGAGAUUUUCUGCCGACAUCAAGAUAUGGCGGCACUAUCUGCCGAACAGGAUUUUGCUACACAGUACCGGGAAGUGGUGCGGUCGUAUGCGGAUUUUGCAGAGGGCGACCCUUCUACGCAAUCGAGGCUCGCCGCGGGUCCUCCGCUUACGGUUCGAUGGAAGACGGCGGGAUUAAGGGCGAUCAAGGGCGUGGUUAGUUCCGAAGCGGGUUUGGCUGCGGAUGGCGGAGAUUCGAUACGGGUCAUCCUCCCGGUCAUUCUGGAAAAUCUCUACAGCCCGGAAGAUAAUUUGGUUGGUUCUCUCGAACUGAAGCUCCUUGAAGCGGACAAAAAUGAACCAGAGAUUGCGCACCGACGCCGGGUUAGCACGGCCACUGUGGAAACGGUCGACGCGGUGGAGGGAGAUGCGUCAUUGGCGGCUCAAAAUACCGCUGAUAUGGAUCGAAAAGCGGAGAUGGAUAUGAGAUUGCUCGCUUUGCGGUGUCUGGAACAGAUUGUCGUCAAUGGGAGCAGCCGCGGCCAGAUUCGUGUCACGACUCAGGUUGUGCUGGAUUUCAUCUUGCGCAAAAGCCGGGUAACUGGUAAUGGCCUAGGUCAGAAUCACAAGGACAGCUGGGCUACGUCGUUGAUUGAACUGAUCGCCAAAUGGUGUCCUGUUCAGGUUCGCUUCAUUAUUUUGGUAGCCGCUAUGGAUAUUCUGCAGGACAUCCCUCCCACAGAAGAGUCUCUGGACGAAUCGUUCGCCAUCAUCUAUCUGAUUGAUCGGCUGUUAAAAUCCCCUGUGAAUAUGAUCGGACUUAGCGUUAUCGAUGUCUUACUGGGUCUAUUACGUCAUAUGUCAUUUUUGGUAUCACCCCCAAGGGCUGGAAAGUCGACACCAGACGAGAAGCAAAACGGACAUUCAACAGUUCUGGAGCUUUCAGUGAAAAGAACGGAGGUGCUCUCACUCCUGCAGGAGUGUAUUGGCAAUCUCACCACGCACAUCUACUAUGGCGAGCAGGUUGUUGACAUGGUCAGGACGAUCUUGACUCGCUUCAGACCUUCAAGAGGCAACGAGCAGGCAAUAACAUCGUCCCCAGCCCAGUCCGAUGCACUGGGGGGCGCCGGUGCUAUGGUCUCCUCUAUGGAGGGUGGCCCAAUAGCAUUUUCCCUGCCCAGCGCAAAGAUCACAGCUCUCAGGGCCAUAAAAAAUAUCCUCCUUGUUGCUAACACGAAGCGGCCAGGAUUCACAGUAACUGCGGAAUCCAGACAUCAAGUGGGUCUAUAUGUAUGGGAAGGUACGCAGUGGCUUUUGAGUGAACCCGACAGGGAUGUUCGGUAUGCAUAUGUUGAUGCAUUUUUGACCUGGUUGAACCUGGAAACAACUACCGAUGAUCUUAAAGUUAAGGAGAGAACCGGCAGGCCCGCCAGUCAGCCAGCCAAGAAUGACUUAUCAGACAUCACGGAAAGACCUGGAAAGCGCACUGCCAGCAUGAGCGGAAAUCAGAGGGAAAAGGUCAUUCUAAUUGCGCAGUCCAAUUUCCUUCGCUUACUUCACCUAACUAUCUUUGACCUUGCGACUGAUCACCCGACGGCUGCUUCCGAGAUUAUGCUGCUUCAUUUACUUCUAGUGAGCCUGGUAAAGCAUCUUGGCGUGAACGCUGUUAGAUUCGGACUUCCCAUGGUGCUGAAACUUCAGGACAAUAUGGCUACCGCUGAUGGCCAGUCUUUCCCUGCCCUGGUGAAUAUUGGAAGUUUGGUCUAUGGCUACCUGUGGGCAUUAACUGAGAAGUUCGACUUGGACACCUCUAAGAUUGGCAACGGAAUCCAGAGCGAAGUUCAGAAAAGACAACAGCUCGGCGUCUGGCUUGAGACUAUCCGCUUGCCACCCGUCAAUCUUGACAAGAUCGUCCACAACAGCAAUGUCCAGGUCAGUGGCCGUGGUGCCCAGGACGUAAGCCUCCUGAUUCCGUUUGACUGCGAUGAAGAACUCAUCCAGCGAAUCGAAGCAUCUUAUGGUUCCUUCAUUACUUUACUUACUCACAGCCCUCCAAGCUCCCCGGGGUCUGUCGGGUCUCCACCGCGAAGCAUGACAGCUCCUGUUCUGCCCCACAUGUCGGCGUCCACAGCUACACCGAAGGCUAACGUUCUCCCCCCUGCCGUCAGGGAGCAGAUGCUAUCUCCAUGGUCAAGAGAAGCCUGCCUGGCAGCUGCGGAAAACGAAAGAACUGAGGCCAAAUCCCUGAGCGGAUCACGUACCGGAACCUUGGUUAUACGCAACCAUGUCCAUCAGAAUGGUACUAGUUCUCCGUCAGCAAGCUCAAACGCAUCCGUGCCACAAAGUGCUUACGCAUCUGCAGCUGGUCUGCAGAAUGCCCGAAGAACUAGCGUGCCGAACUCAUCAGGCUCACAGCUCAUCAGCUCCAGUAGAGAAUCUCCGGUCCACGUGAAUGAACUGAGACGAGUCCUCUCUGUCAAUGAAGAAUGCAAGGCCCGGCGAAUGAGCCCGCUCAGGGGUCGACUUGACGGCUCGAAUCGAAGUGUGAUCUCUUCCAGUAGCGACAGUAUGGUCAGUGGCUAUUCGCUGUCCGAGUUUGACGAUGGUGCCUCGGUCAAGCCCCAGUCUACCAGAGGCGAACGGAUCUCUCUCGAUGGGGAAGAAACCCCCAAGGCCUCGGCUCUGUCUUUCAUGGUAGAUGCUGAUGAUAUUCCGCCUGUACCGCCCAUCCCUCCAUCUAUAUCUAUUCAAGGAGGUCUUUCAGAUGGUCAGCAGCGAUCGGCUUCGGCUAGUCGUCCUUCAACUGCACCCGGACCUCGCCGACCAUCUGUCACGAAUGGAAAGGCAGGGACGCCUGGUAUGUCGCCUGGCCGGUCUCUCAGCAGAGAUAAAAGUCGAUCGAGCACAGGUCUGGCAGCGGCUGCCACUGACGGUGCUGAGCCGUAUGCAGAGAAUAUUGAUAGCGCUCGCCUUGACGUGCAAAAGCUGCUGGAUGGGUUCUUAUCGCCAGCGGACGCGGAGACGAGGGGCAGCAGACGGAAGGCCCGAGGCAAUACAGGGCGACGAGGCGUGAGUGGAGGACUUGGGCGCCCUCCCUACUGAUGGUAUACCUGUAGAUGUCGUACUACUACACUUCACUUUUCCGAUGCCCGCUUCUCUCCGUUCAUUCAUUAUUAGUUUUCAUUUGUUAUGGUUGCAAAGCAGCCGCUCAUCUACCAUUCUGCUGACCCUGCACAUAUCCAGUUUUGUCUUAUACCUUUUCCCAUCAUUACGUUCUCUUUUCUGUUCUGCAUUACAUUUCCGGUUUCUUUUUGUCCGAAUCUUGUCCCUCUUUUGCCAUCUCACUUAUCUCCCUCGAUAAUGGCGUAUGAUCUGAUAGACUUUCCUAUGGUUACCCACCCAAGCUGUGCUUUUUUUGUCUGCAUCAAAAGGUUUCGUGUGUGCUUUUUGUGGUUCGAGUUAGCUUUUGUGAAUAUAUGCGGUUUAUCAUUCUAUGACAUUGUGAUAUUUGUAUAUAUGUAGCCGUGAUAGCUUACCGGAUAUCCUCAGAACCAAAAGAUAAGCUAGGUAGAUAGGACAAGAUGUGUAUAUAAAUGGAAAACACGAAUGGGUGUCCUUGAUAUAUGUAGGCUGGCUUAAUCAUCAUUGAGUACUGC